CUGCCGGGGGAAAGAGCUAGGAAAGAGCUGCAAACCGGUGUGGGGUUUUUUCUCCUUUUUUUGCUCCUUUUAAUUACCCCCUCCUCCGUUUGCACCCUUCUCCGAGCUUCACGCGGAACCUGCGAAUUUCGAAGAGGUGGUGGCAGAGUGGGAGCAGAGGUGUUAGGGCUUGGGAUUUGGGGCUUUUUUUUUUUUUCUUGAUUUCAACAUUUUACCCCACCCUCGCGGCCACCGCUGCCGCCUCUUACCUGUUCCGCGGCAGUCCGGCGCCGCAGGCAGCUGAAGGGUAGAAAGGAGCAGGGUGUACUUUAGAUUUUAAACAAAAUUUUUGAAGACAAACCCAUUUUUCUCCCCCACCCCUUCUCCUCCACAGCCUCCGAGCGCAUUAUUCCGGUGGUUGCUCUGGGGUAAACAGUUUUUGGCUUUUUCCUCCCUGUAAUUCUGACCGGGUCUGGCCGGGCGCGGGCGUGAGGGGGUAGUUUCUCCGGCCUCCACUCCCUCCGCGUGCACCUGGCGCAGCUCUUCUCCCCACAACCUGUUGCAAGCCCUUUAAUCCUUGCAUUUGGGACUUGAUUGUAGGCACCUCAGCCCUCCAUCUCUCCCUACGUUUUGCAAUUGUCUGGACGGAGGGCACCUGCUCUACCUGCCAGGGAAAAAAAAAUUUUUUUAAUUCCUCCGGGCGCCCUCUUGGCCCCUCUAUCCCUACACUCUCGCUCUCGUGCCCCGCCCCAAGGUAAAGGGGAAGACACGGAGAAGAUGGUGCUCACCGCGGUCCUCCUGCUGCUGGCCUCCUGUGCGGGGCCGGCCCAGGGCCUGGGCUCCUUCGUGCAAUGCGAGCCCUGCGACGAGAAAGCCCUCUCCAUGUGCCCCCCCAGCCCCCUGGGCUGCGAGCUGGUCAAAGAGCCGGGCUGCGGUUGCUGCAUGACUUGCGCCCUGGCCGAGGGGCAGUCGUGCGGUGUCUACACGGAGCGCUGCGCCCAGGGGCUGCGCUGCCUCCCCCGGCAGGACGAGGAGAAGCCGCUGCAUGCCCUGCUGCACGGCCGCGGGGUUUGCCUGAACGAAAAGAGCUACCGCGAGCAAGCCAAGAUCGAGAGAGACUCCCAUGAGCAUGAGGAACCAACCACCUCCGAGAUGGCAGAGGAGACCUACUCGCCCAAGAUCUUCCGGCCCAAGCACACCCGCAUCUCUGAGCUGAAAGCCGAGGCCGUGAAGAAGGACCGCAGAAAGAAGCUGACCCAGUCCAAGUUUGUGGGAGGCGCUGAGAACACUGCCCAUCCCCGGGUCAUCUCUGCACCUGAGAUGAGACAGGAAUCUGAGCAGGGCCCCUGCCGCAGACACAUGGAAGCGUCCCUGCAGGAGCUCAAAGCCAGCCCGCGCAUGGUGCCCCGGGCUGUGUACCUGCCCAACUGUGACCGCAAAGGAUUCUACAAGAGAAAGCAGUGCAAGCCUUCUCGUGGCCGCAAACGUGGCAUCUGCUGGUGCGUGGACAAGUACGGGAUGAAGCUGCCAGGCAUGGAGUAUGUCGAUGGGGACUUUCAGUGCCACACCUUCGACAGCAGCAACGUUGAGUGAUGCGUCCCCUCCCCACUCUUCCCUCACCCCCUCCACCCCCAACCCCGACUCCAGCCAACACCUCCCUCCACCCCAGGAUGCCACUCAUUUCAUCUCAUUUAAGGGAAAAAAAUACAUAUAUCUAUCUAUUUGAGGAAACUGAGGACCUCGGAAUCUCUAGCAAGGUCUCAACUUUCAAACCGGCAACAGCAGAGAUGCAGAAAGCUAAGGAGAUCCCCCGCCCCCGCCCUUGAAAAUGGUUUUCUUUAUGAAGCAAGUUGAAUGGAAAGGGAGGGGAAGGGAGGAGGCACACGAGAGAGAAGGGAAGAAAGUGCAUGUGUAGAAGAAAGGGGGAGACAAACCGAGUUUUGAAAAAGGAAAGAAGAAUGUGGGCAGGAAGGAAAGAUCACCAGACCAUAGCUGGAUCCACCUGUGGCAUCCAGCCCUGGCCUGAGUUGGGAGACAUUUGGGAACUGGAAGGUAUGGCCCAAGGUGUGGCAUUCCGUGACACCCUUGGGGGUUUUCCCUACUGGAUUGGUCGGAGGGGGACAAAGGGAAAGACAGAAGGGGUCAGCGCCUCUCCUGGAUCUUUCUCCACCUCCAGCCAGCAAGCAGCAUGGCUCGAACCCGCCCCUCCUCCCCUCUCACCCGGCAGAGGGUUCUCCCUCCCCGAAACUUAUAAAAGCGAAAAUGCAUUCCAUUCUUCUCAAAACAAAGCAAACGAAUAACCGAGUGCUAUUAGAUAGAUAGAUUUUCCUAAGCAGAUUCAUAAAGACUGAGUACGUGUACGUCUUUCACUCACUCCCCGUGCAGACUUUCAGAACCCAGUACACACCCCCAGAGCGGAGAGACUUGCUUCUCCAGCGUGACUCGAUCCGACCGACACGCACGGUGGUUUUGGCCCCUCAUUGCACCCAGUUCCCUCUUAGCACGGCCUCUGUGGGGGAGGAUAGGCUGAAAACAAGGGGGCCCCAUAGUUAUGGACGAGGCUCCACGUAGUCAUAUAUAAGGUAUAUAAAUCUAUUUUAUUUCUUUUUUUUUUUCCUCUCUUUCUUCCUUUUUUUCAAAGGUUUGCAUUAACUUUUCAAACUAGUCCCUACGGGGGCACUGAGGAACUUCCUCAUUCUGGGAAAAACCAGGAAAACCCAUAUUCUUCUAACACAACCCUUAACUCCAGCUUUGCCAGCCUCCGUCAAGUGGCAGACUCAACCCUCGGUGGGCCACAGUGUUGGAUUUCUUUCACGAUUUCCCGAGUGUGUGUCUGUCCAUAGGUACCACCAAGCCAGGUAGAUGAGGGCUCUCGAUGGUGCACUGCCCCCGCCCCUCCCGGUGCCCUUCGCACAUGCUUCAGACCCUCCGGAACUAACCGGCUCUGGGCCCUGCACACCAGGUUCGAGUUUGACCCCCUGGUCCCGCCCAGCCUUUUCAUUUCCCCCCGGGCAGAGCCUGCAUUUUUGAAAGCCUCUCUGGGCCUUCACGCUGGCAGAGCAGGAGAGAGACUGAAGUGAGAGAUGGCAGCAAGGGAGAUGGAGGUGAAUCAGUUUAAAUACAGGGAACCAAUAAAAGUGAUUGCCUUGCACAGGCCCUUCUUAGAGGGAGUGUGGAGGGAUGGAGCUGGAGGGAUGGAAGGAUGGGGCUGGAGGGAUGGAGGGAGUGGGGGAGGAGGACCGCCCUGCUCCAGCUUUGGAGAAAUGCAACAGAAAAGGGGGACAAAGCCAAGAGAAGCUUCCCCAGCUCCCCACCCUCUAAGCACUUUGGGAUUCAAGAGGAAAAUGGGGGUACAGUUUCUCAGAAAGAAAUAAGCUUAAUCGAGGCCUGAGAGCCAGGGAAAGUGGGCAACUUUAGGCGGGUUCUAGACCCUUGCCUCUGGACAAGAGCAAGGAUCAACAGAGAGGGACUGGCCAUGCUUUUGAAGGGACGAGACCAUGCACUCAGGUGGCCACCUUCGAUCCACAAUGAGGGACUAAGGCCCGAGUCUUACAAGGCCUCCAUCCACAUGGCCGGUGCAGGCUUUGUCCCUGGCUCAGAGGACGGAAGAAAGGCCCAGGACGACCAGGAAAUGGAUGCUUCAAGAGUGCUGUCGUUUGGCAGCCAGAUUCUGAAUGAAGAAAAUUCCCAUUCUUACUGACUUCCUCCGCAAGUUGGCAGCCGUGGGGCUGAGGCUGGAGAUGGCCUGCCAGGAAAGGGAGCUUGGACCCUGGCAAAGGAGACCCCGCCUUGGUUACUGCCCUCUCCACUCACUCCUGAUGGUGUGACACGGCAGAGGCCACCCUGACACCAAACUUGGGGCAAUGAAGAGGAACAGCGGAGAAGCAUAGAUUUCAGCUGAUGGGAAACUUGAAGCUGUGGAACGCGAUGAGGUGGGGGUCUGCUGCCCCCCACAAGGAAGGUCGGCUGGGACAGGAAAGAUGGUCGAUAGUCAUAGGACAAAAGACCCUAUGGGGAUAUCAGCCGCGAGGACUUACUUGACCUGCUGCGUCCGUGCACCGUCUCUCUGCACAACUGUCCCAAACCCCCGAUCAUUGUUUCUGUGUCUUAGGCCAGUAUUGUAAACCUUUCCCACUUCUCUCUUCCGUUUGCCCUUUCUUUUUGUGGAUCUUGAGCAGUCUUCUAACUGGGAUCUGCCAAGUGGAUACUGGGGUGCCAUUCCCCCUAAGAAAAGACUGAGCCAGGAAUUGCAUACCCUUUCCCACACCCCUCCCAAGACCUGGACCUGGUUCUUGAGAGGGGCUCUCUCUUCACCCCUGCUGUUUACUGGAUUCUGGAGGAUGGCUGCCCCUGACUUUGGCCCUUAGCUGUCGGCCACGAGGUGGGGAAGGAUGGCCUGGCUUAACCCCACCAGCGUCUUCAGGCUUCCGCCAUUCAGGCUGCCUCCCGGGGACCUGUGAGGCCAGUGCUUUUGCAGAGCAUGGCUCUGGUCGGCUGGCUGCUCCCCAGAGGACGCUGGACCUUCGUGACGAAUGAGAGUAACCUCCCAAGAGGGAGGCCUGGCCUGGAAAGGGAGUCAUGGAGGAAGAUGGAGCAUCCCUGGGGCAGGGCAGGAGGGAAGGCAGAUGGCCACACCACCAACUGGGGUCCUGAGCAGGGACCUUCUUGAGUCCAGGCUGCCUGACGGCCUACUGUUAUAGGCUCCUGGUUUUCUGUGGCCUCAAGACUCAACAUUGCCCCGCCUACCCACCCCCCACCAGAAGACCUCUUCCCAUCCCCCUUUGACUCAUGCCGCACUCUAGCAGCCCGAGGACAUCUGUCCCUUGCACUGCUGCCCGGUGACGGAGGGAGGCCUAGUCAGGACUGAGCCUCCUUCCUCCAGAGCUUCCCCACCAACCUGGGCAAAGCAGGGCAUCUGAGAUGGAAGAGACUCGAAAGUUCUCAGACAGCCAGGCCUGGACAGCCAGGCCUGGAGACAUUCAACCCCACCCCCACCCCCUGGGGGAGGACGGGAGGCCCAGGAGGCCCCUUGUGGUGUACCUCCUGUCUCCUCACCCAUUUCCCCCACAUCACCACCUCAUUGGUCUCCACGGUAACCACAGGGCCCGCCUCCUCUGGGGAGGUGGGCCUGACCUCUGCUCUCCCACCACCCAGCGUGUUGGCAGCCACAGGGCUACCACAGCGCCACCAAGCCCUCCUCAAGGUGGCCCACGGCUGCCCCUCUCCCUCUGCUUGGCACCCCUGAGAGGGCUGCCGUGCAGGUGGGAACUCGAGAGGAGGGGGCCAAGGAAAAGCAAUCCUUGGGCUCAAGGAGGACGUUUUUGGCUUCUGAGAGAAAGGAAGCUGGGUUGUGAGAAGUGGUGGGGGACUGGGGACCUGCCAGCCAGCCACCUGGGUGUUGUACUGUCUUUAUUUUUAAAACCACUAAGUGCAAGACUUAUUUUUGCACUUUUCUCCACUUUUCUUUCCCUCCUAGGUUUUUGUUUCUUUUUUUAAACUUACUUUCUUGGUUUUCUAAUGGAGUAUAUAGGUUAGCCAUUUUCACAGACUCUGGCCCCCUCUCCCGUGGGGGAAGGGAAGGUGGGGAGGGCCACCUGCGCCCGGCACCCCCCUCCACCUAGCUCCCUGGUCCCCAGCCACCAGCCUGAGUCCCAGAUCUCCCGCCACCACCACCUCCACCAUCGCACAGUAGCCCACAUGGAUAGACCGUUGUCAGACAAGAUUCCUUCAGAUUCCGAGUUGCCUACCGGUUUUUUUUCUUUUUUUUAAGACAGCAAUAACCACAGCACAUAUUACUGUAGCUCUUUGUAGUUUUACGUACAUACAUACCGUAACUCUGUCUCUCUCUUUGUUUUGUUUUCCACUUUUUUUUAAAAUAAAUGCUCGUAAACUUUACUAGUGAAAAGGAUGAAAAAGAUAAAUCGACAAAUAAAACCAGUUUGUGGGGGAAAAGAAUUGCGGGAAAAAAAAAUCACCUGAAUGCUGAGGGGCUCGCCUCCUGUUUAGCAUUUUGUACCUGAGGAAAUAAAAAAACAAAAACAAAAACAAAAAGCCAGAGGAUCUCACGUUUUAUUAAAAAAAAGUGAAGAUUGCUGUAUACUAUUUAUUCAACUUAUAAUUUAUGUUACUCCUUGAUCUUUGUCUUUUGUCAUGACAAAGCAUUUAUUUAAUAAAGUUAUGCAUUCAGUUA